AAAGGAAGAAAAAGAGGAAAGGAACAAGGAAAUAGGAUGGGAGGCAAGAAGAGAAAGGAAGGAAAGAAGAAAUUAAUUAAUAAAGGUGAGCAAAAGCAAUGUAAGAUAGGAAAAAAGGGAGGUUGAAGGGAAAGAAGGUAAAAAGGAAAAGGAAAAAAGGAGGAAGAUUGGCGAAAGAGUGUGUAAAUUCAGGAAAGAAGUAAACAAGAAGUGGGAAUAGAAAGGAAGGUAGGAAGCAAGGAAGGUAGGACGAUGGAUAGUGGGAAAGAAAGGAAGGGUAGAAUUAAAGACGAAAAGGACCAAGUAAGGAAGAAAAGGAAGAAAGGGGGAAAGAGAAAGGGAAGGGAAGAAGGAAGAAAUAGACAAAUAUGAGAGGGGAGGACGUAAAAGAGAGAAGAAGGAAGGAACCUAGGUAGGAAGGAAGAAAGGGAGCGAAGUAAUUCAUUUUCACACCGUCGCCUCUGUCCCGUGCAGGCUCGCUGUGCCGCGCUACGGUCAUCAGUAAAGUCUCGCGCAGGCUGGCGUUAACCCUCCCUUCAUCACACGCUGCCACAUUCUUCAACACGGCCACAUUUGACGUUACCGGCGGUCCGUCCCGCGCCUGAAACGAAGCGCUUCUCCAAGCAAACGACGAACAAGCACCCAGCGGGACAUCACAGGCACCGAGUCCGCGGACAGGCACCUGUGGGGAGGCGAAAAAACGCGCUCAACUCCAAUCGCAACCACAGAGCAAGGACCAUGGAGAGCGCAGGCAACGGCUCGGACGCAGAUUACCGGAGCCAGCUCCCCGUGCUUUACAACAACAACAACAACAACAACAGCAGCAGCAGCAGCUUCUGUCGGAACUUCACUGAUGCCAACAGCACCGCGAGCUUCGCGGAGGUGAGAUGCGACGGGGAGCGCGGACUGAUCGGCAGCCUGGACAACGACGCCAACCCGGUUAUCAUAGCGAUUGUUAUCACCGCUCUCUACUCCAUAGUGUGCGUGGUGGGGCUGGUUGGAAACGUGCUGGUCAUGUAUAUCAUUGUCAGAUACACUAAGAUGAAGACAGCCACCAACAUCUACAUCUUUAACCUUGCUCUGGCCGACUCCUUGGUCACCAGCACGCUACCGUUCCAAAGCGUCAACUACCUGAUGGGGACCUGGCCGUUUGGGGACAUCCUGUGCAAGAUGGUGAUGUCCAUCGACUACUACAACAUGUUCACCUCUAUCUUCACGCUCACCACUAUGAGCAUCGACCGCUAUGUCGCUGUGUGCCACCCAGUCAAAGCGCUGGACUUCAGGACGCCCCGCAAUGCCAAGAUCGUCAAUGUCUGCAACUGGAUUCUCUCAUCGGCCAUCGGGCUGCCUGUUAUGUUCAUGGCCUCCACCGCUGUCACACCCUCCAGUAUUGUUGACUGCAAGCUGAUUUUCCCCCACCCCUCCUGGUACUGGGACACCCUGCUGAAGAUCUGCGUGUUCAUCUUUGCCUUCAUCAUGCCCGUCCUCAUCAUCACCGUCUGCUACGGCCUCAUGAUCCUGCGGCUCAAGAGUGUGCGCAUGCUGUCGGGCUCCCAGGAGAAGGACAGGAACCUGCGCCGGAUCACCCGCAUGGUCCUGGUGGUGGUUGCCGUCUUCAUCGUCUGCUGGACACCCAUUCACAUCUUCGUCAUCAUCACAGCACUGAUCAACAUCCCCAGCUCCACGCUGCAGACUAUCACCUGGCACUUCUGCAUCGCCCUGGGCUACACCAACAGUAGUCUGAACCCGGUUCUCUACGGUUACCUGGAUGAGAACUUCAAGCGUUGUUUCCGUGAGUUCUGCACCCCGAGUCCCUCGGUUUUGGAGAUGCAGAACUCGUCCCGGACCGGAGCCACUAGCCGCAAGCUCCCACAGCGCGAACACAACAGUGGAAACACAGGAGAAAGGUCCAAUCAACAGGUAUGACUAGCCUUGGAGGGGUCGUCAGUGGACUCUCGCUGUUGUGGCGGCGUUGCCAACGACGAUCUCAACUCAGAGGUCACGCAGGUUACCACAGGGCUCUGACCACACACACACACACACGCACACACACGCACGGACAUGCACGCACACACAAGCCAAAUGUACACACAAAGAGACAUGACUGAGACUCAAAUAGCACAGACCAAUUCUGACAAUGUGUUGAAAGCUUAACUACAGUGCUGCAUCAGGUCAGGGCCAUUCACCUUUCAGCCAUCCUAACUGUUACUAACUGCAUGGCUGUGCAAGGCUUUUACUCUGACUGAAGCGGAUGCAGACAUGAGUCAAGCUAGACUAAACAGAAAACCAAGAACCAUUACAAAACCGUGUCCUCCUAAUCGAAGAAGUUGUUGCACUAAAUUUGCAUUAACACCACAAUUUUUUAUCUAGCUUUCAUCAUUAUUAUAACAGAGUAGACUAUACAGACAGAAUAAGUACAGUACACACAGACAGAUGUAUAGACAGAUCUAUAAAAGCCACUUUCACAAGCCAGUAAUAUGAUAUGUUGUUGUGUUGUCUACAGAGCUGCCUCAUUGAUCUAAGGCUCCUGUCCUGACCCUGAUCUUAUCGCUAAUUAUUUCAGUUGUAAAAAAAAAAAAAAAAAAAAAGAUCAAUAACUGUUUUAUAUCUUGUGUUUGACAAUAUUAUAUGCCAUCUUGCCCGUCUGUCACUUUUCCUCCUCUUGUUUUUUUGUUAAUCAUUCACACAUGUGUCAGCACAGUGUACGUUGUAGGAAACAUGGAUUAAUGGGGGUUAAUUGAGUGUGUAGACUGUAAUCUGAUUUGGGAUUGUUAAUGAAAACUCAAAGGCUCAGUGCUCGUCACCACACAAAGACAUUAGUGGACAGGAGGUGUUAUUCAAAGUCAUUCACAGCAACAGCUGUGCUUUUCAUCCUGCCUCUGUAUAGGUUCAGCAGGGGUUGACCCUGUCAUACCUCACACCUUAUUUACACCGUUCUCCACUGACUCAUCUGCACAGCACCGCAUUGGCUUUGGCCACUUCAGCAAGUACAGCACAACUGUGCUCUCUCCUCUCAACCUACCUAACCCAUUGUUAUCAUUUACUGCCCCCUCAGUCUUCAUCCUUUCCUUUCCUACUAAUUCUAUUUCGUCUCUGUAAAUACAUUUUCUGAUCUGUUGUUGGACUUACCAUUAAGCAGACAUACAGUAGAGCUCUGUAUAUCCUCUCUGCUGAAUUUGAAUGUACAGAAGAGAAACCAGCUGCGUUUCUUACUCUGGAUCUUUGUGCUGAAAUGCGGAUCCUUUAAACCAGCAAAGAAGACACAUCAGCCUGUUUGCACAGAGCAUGCUGUUGCAGCAUAAAGUACGAACAUGUGAUACUUCUACCAGUGUAUGAUGAGCAGCAGCUUAACAGCCAUUACACCAGGUAUGGGUUUAAAUGGAGUCACUUCUCCUCUGAAGUAUUCAACAAGUGAGCCAAGCAGGAUUGUACAUCUGUUUUAAUCUUUAGAAUUGCUUGUGCUUACGUGUUGUGCUGUGUGCUAUACUUGCCAGUUGCCUUCUUAGUAGCUCUACUCGAUAUUCUAUGUACCAGUAUUUUUUCUAAAGAUAUGUAAAGCUGAUUGUAUUAAUCUCCCAUGUAAAAUACUGUAAGUAUUGUGUUGCUUUUUUAUAAACAUGACAUCAUGAAAUUGUCAGAAAAUGAUUUCCGAAGAUGAUGGUGGACCAGCAAGUUAUUGUGCUUCUAAAUAUAGAUUUUGUCAUAUUGAAUCUGCUGUGAUAACUGAAGACGUGUAUAUUAAUCAAUAAACAAUGUGUGUAAAAUGUUAAAUUGUGGAUAUGAAAAUGUAUAGAGUAUAACUUCAAAGACUGUCUCAUAUUUUUUAUUUUUUUUAAAUUGUUUUUGACUGAAAACCAAUGAUAAAAUCACGCUGCAGUCAGUCCAUCUUUAGUAUCGCUGCUUUCAGUCAGUGUCAAAACAAUCAAAAAUAAAUUGUUAUUGAACAGCUCAAAUUUUAAAAUUACUUAUGUAUGGGGCAUCAGUGUGUCACAUGCUGUAUUUCAUACACAAAGUGUUUAUUGUGACAAAAUGUAAAGUAUAUUUUCAUGUUACAAAAUACAUGAUGUGAACAAACAAAUGCUGAGGAGCCAAAUGUCACCUUCGAUGCUUUGGAAUAAAUUUCAGGCCAAGAAUGAAGAGAAGGAAUAAAAUAUUUGGCACACGUGUGACUCCGUAUAGAGCCAGAAUGUUUGAGUGUUUUUCCUUCGGUAUGUAACCUACCAGGUGUAAAUGUAUCAAGAAUUUCGAGUUUUCCACUAGUUGGUAUUGUGCACCUUUCAAGCCGCGAGUGCAGGAAAUACUAACAUGCCAUGUCGGUAAAAAAAAAAACCGGUGUUAAAACCAUAUGCUUCAUUAUCUUCCCAAAUUUCAAGCCUUAGGCUACAUAGCUAGUCUAUACAGCUACAGCUACAAACCUGUCAGUCAGGCACUACCUGCAGCGUACACUGUCUAGCACAAAAGGUGACAUUUGGCAUUAAUGUAAUUUGUAUCAUUAACACAUAUUUUUUUAGCAGGUGACAUUUGGUGCACCAUAUAGAAUAUAAUUUGAGUGCGUCCUUGAUCGGUGCACACACCACCAUUUUACUCUGUUUUCUAUCAUUUGCUUGUUUACAUGACUUUUGACUCAAUCGUGACCUAAGUUGUAUUCUAGUCAUUAUAAGGCAUUUCUUGUCACUCAUGUACAGACAAUAAUUUCUACUUUACGAAUGACACGCUGUAAUACAAUACGUAUAAUUUUACUGUUCAUCAGUGCAUCGUCUAUGGAAUAAAAGGCAAUUCAAAAUCUCA